UCUGUUCUCUUUGUCUACAUAUUUAACUUCCACAUAUGAGUGAGGUCAUACAGAGAUUGUCUUUGUCUACCCCAAGAUAUUACUUUUGAAAAGGAGGGAAUAAUGAUUAGGAGGGAGCAUAUGGGGAUCUUCUGGAUAUUGGUAAUGUUCUACUUUUUUUUAUCUGACUGGGAGUUAUAUGUCUGUUUUCAUGUUGUGAAAAAAUAUCUAGCUGUGUGCACUUAGAAUUUAUAUACUUUUUGUAUGUUAUAUCUAAGUACACAUAAGUUUGGAUACAUAUAUAUAAAUUUGGAUAUAUGUAUAUAUAAAGAGCUAACAGUUAUUUUUGUUCUAGGAGGUAGGAUUAUGAAUCUAUUUGGUACCUACUUUGUUUUGCUAAUUUGUGUUUUCCAAUUGUUCUUCAUAAAUAUGUAUUACUCUGGUAAUAAAAUUUUUUAAUUUAAAAUAUCUUAAACGAAGGGAAAUAACAUUGAUUGUAAUGCCUUUCAGGAGAAAAUGUUCCUUACCAUCAGAAGCAAUGGGAGUGUCCCAACAAAACUUUGCCUGGUCACUCCUUUGCCUCAGGGCUGGUCCUUCUCUGUCCACGCAUCACCCUGCCUCGUUCCAGAUCGGUCCUCUCUCCCUGGCUGCCAUUCUUGCUGGUGGACAUGGAAGCAGUGUGUGUGGGAGGCAGGAGGGUGGGAGGGUGUUCCAGCUGUCCUUGGCCACUGGGUGGUUGUGCUCAGAGGACUCACUCCCUGCAAGGCUGGAAUGAAGCUUGAGGUAAAAGCUGGGGAUUUUGAAAAGAGAAGGUAGAAGCCAAGAUGAACAGGCUGCCCAGACUGGCCUGAAGGGAGCAUCUGGGAGCAACCAAGGGCUUCAAGCAAGCAAGUGACCCUCUAGUCGGUCAAACCAGAGACAAGCAACCACUCCAGAGAGAGAUUUUCAUAAAAGAAGAUUUUUACAGCCUUCCUCGAACACCCAGCAUCCACCAAAAGAGGGAAAUACCAAGUACUAACUACAUGUAAAGCUCCCUGCCCCUCUCUUUUAGGAGUUUGAAAUGCCUUUAAACCCUUGUCUUAUUGGCUUUCUCAUCUUUCAAAUCUCAAUUUUCAUCUCCAUUAUUAACCUGUCCCUCCUCUGUGUUUCAUAGCACCUCAUUUAUAUCUCUACUAGAGCAGCCAAUACAUUGUGUAAUAAGUCUUUGCCACCGAACUGUGAUCUCCUUAAUAGGUAGGACUGGGCCUUUUUGAUCACUGCUUCGUCAACACCUAUACAAUUCCUGGCAAACAGUAGAUACCCAAAUGUUGAUCUGAAUUGUUGAAGGUAGGUCUUCUUCCUGCCUUUGACCCUGUCCCCAAGUGGAGUGACUGCCCACCUUCCUUCCCUUUUCCUUAAGGCUUUUAUUCUCUACUCCUUUCCUUGAUUCCAAAUCUUCCUUAAUCCUUAAGAGAUUAUUACAUGUUUUUCUCAUGCACGUGCCCUGGAGCUUGUGGUGUAGAUUUAUGCCCAUGUCCAUGUGCAUUAUGGAGCCUGUAGUUAUCCCACUUUCUCUCCAGUCCUUUUCUGGUACUUGUCCUGUUUUUCUCCCUCAAUUUCGGGAACUGAGGAUAUGUUAAAUAAGUUGCUUUUAGCUGAGCUUUUGGAGAAGAGUUUCCCCCUACGUGUUAAAAGAUGUCAGUCUUGUAUGAGCCCUUUUCCUUAUUUGUUGAGCCCUCACCAUAUGCCAGGCACUGUGCCGGAUCAUGAUCCAGCAAGAGAGGCAGCCACCCCCUUAGACGGAUUUGUUUAUUCAUUGGCCAGCCUCUGGAAACAUGGAGCAGGGCACCUUACCUGGUCCUUGGUCAGGCAUAGCUUCCUUGAGGAACAGACAUUUCUGCCAAAUAUUCAAAGUUAAGAAGAAGGUGGUUGAGGGGAAAUGGUGGAUAAAAAGAGCCAAGGGAACAACAUGUCUAAAAGCCCUUGAAGUAUGGAGGAUGGGAGAGACAGAAUGUUCAAGGAUCUUAAAGACAUUGCCAAUAGUUAGAGUAUGUGGAGCUGGGGGUAGUGGCCUAGAUGAGAUUGAAGAAGUAGGCAGAGGUGGAAUAAGACAGACCCUUGAUGUAUGAGAAGGCUGCUUUAGUCAGGAAUCUUUUGGUUGAAAGUGACAAAAAUCCACCUAAGAAAAAAGGGAAGCCUUUAUUGGCUCAGAAGCUAAAAGUUCAGGGCUUUCAAGAUCAAAGAUGUCAUUGAGUUUUGACACCUCUCUCUCUGUCUCAUCUUUGCUCUCCUUUGUUAGCUUGAUUCUUGGACUAGCCUCUGUGAAAUGGUCCUCUGAUCGCCCUUGUCACACAGAAGCCAAAGACUAGAGUGGAAGGAAAUGGGGGUAAAAAAGGCUAAUUGAUAAGGGCCACUUAUCUUCCCACUCUUGAAGGUGGCCUUCUUUUCAGGCCAUGUCCAGAUGUCCCCACCUUGGACCCCCUGGAGGAGGGCAGGAAGCUUGGCCUUUUAGGGAGUUUACAGAGGUCGAGAAGGGGACAGGGAAGGGGAUCCUGUUUCCAGACUCCAAAGCUGUUUGCUUUCUUAAAAUAGCAAACCCACAGCACACCCCGCCCCACCAUCUCUUUCUCUAAGGGCCUGAAAUGCAUUUUGUGGGCUGCAUUCUCAGCCUUCCCGAGAAGCAGGAUCAUUUAGGUUUGGUAAGAGAAAAAGAGGAGGGCGGGAACCCAGAAACUCCUCCGCACUCCCGCCCCCUCUUUCUGGCCCUCGGCCCCCCUGUACUAAGCGGAUCCUGACCUAUUUGUCUUACUCGCGCUGUUUCCUCCCGCCCCUUCUCAGACCCCUCCAAGUCCUGCCCCAACUUUGAGGCUUCAGAACUCUUCUACAGUCCCAUGAACCGUCCUUCUGCCGCCUCACGCACGCCCUAACUAAGCGGGACCAGCAGAAGAAUAUCCCAUCCCAGGACCCACUUUUUUUCUGGGAUCUGGCGCUUCCGCCUCCGGGGCGGAGACUCCUCCCCCUCACCAUCCCAAUUGUAUUCCCUGGAAGAGCGGCCGGAAAAGCCUCCGCCUGUUCACACCGGGAUAAGCGACAAGCUGGUUCCUUCUUGCAGUCCGCUCCUGGCGCCCCAGGCCCCGGCACAGCCGCACCGAAGGCCGCGAGCACCACCAGGGCCCAGCUCCAGCCGAGCGCAGCGGCGCGGGAGCGGCUUCAGCACCACGGACAGCGCCCCGCCCGCGGCCCUCCCGCCCGCGGCGCGCUCUGGCUUCUCUAGGCCGGGCGGCGAGCUAUGCUGGAGGCAUGGCCCUGCGCUACGGCCCCGUGGCGCUGCUCCUCGGCUUUGGCCUCCUCGGGCUGUGCUCAGGAGUCUGGGGUACGGACACGGAGGAGCGGCUGGUGGAGCAUCUCCUGGAUCCUUCCCGCUACAACAAGCUUAUCCGCCCAGCCACCAACGGCUCUGAGCUGGUGACAGUACAGCUCAUGGUAUCACUGGCCCAGCUCAUCAGUGUGCAUGAGCGGGAGCAGGUCAUGACCACCAAUGUCUGGCUGACCCAGGAGUGGGAGGAUUAUCGCCUCACCUGGAAGCCUGAGGAGUUUGACAACAUGAAGAAAGUUCGGCUCCCUUCCAAACACAUCUGGCUCCCAGAUGUGGUCCUAUACAACAAUGCUGACGGCAUGUACGAGGUGUCCUUCUAUUCCAAUGCCGUGGUCUCCUAUGACGGCAGCAUCUUCUGGUUGCCGCCUGCCAUCUACAAGAGCGCAUGCAAGAUUGAAGUAAAGCACUUCCCAUUUGACCAGCAGAACUGCACCAUGAAGUUCCGCUCGUGGACCUACGACCGCACCGAGAUUGACCUGGUGCUCAAGAGUGACGUGGCCAGCCUGGAUGACUUCACGCCCAGUGGUGAGUGGGACAUUGUGGCGCUGCCAGGCCGGCGCAAUGAGAACCCGGAGGAUUCCACUUAUGUGGACAUCACGUACGACUUCAUCAUCCGCCGCAAGCCACUCUUUUACACCAUCAAUCUCAUCAUCCCCUGCGUGCUUAUCACCUCAUUAGCCAUCCUUGUCUUCUACCUGCCGUCCGACUGCGGUGAGAAGAUGACGCUGUGCAUCUCUGUGCUGCUGGCGCUCACCGUCUUCCUACUGCUCAUCUCCAAGAUCGUGCCGCCCACCUCCCUCGACGUGCCGCUUGUCGGCAAGUACCUCAUGUUCACCAUGGUGCUCGUCACCUUCUCCAUCGUCACCAGCGUGUGCGUGCUCAACGUGCACCACCGCUCGCCCACCACGCACACGAUGGCUCCCUGGGUCAAGGUCGUCUUCCUGGAGAAGCUGCCCACGCUGCUCUUCAUGCAGCAGCCGCGCCACCGCUGCGCCCGCCAACGCCUGCGCCUGCGGCGGCGCCAGCGCGAGCGCGAGGGCGCGGGUACCCUGUUCUUCCGCGAAGCCCCGGGGGCCGACUCCUGCACCUGCUUCGUCAACCGCGCCUCGGUCCAGGGCCUGGCCGGGGCCUUCGGGGCUGAGCCCGCGCCGGCAGCCGGCCCCGGGCGCUCCGGGGGGCCGUGUGGCUGCGGCCUCCGGGAGGCGGUGGACGGCGUGCGCUUCAUUGCGGACCACAUGCGGAGUGAGGACGACGACCAGAGCGUGAGUGAGGACUGGAAGUAUGUCGCCAUGGUGAUCGACCGCCUGUUCCUUUGGAUCUUUGUCUUCGUCUGUGUCUUUGGCACCAUCGGCAUGUUCCUGCAGCCUCUGUUCCAGAACUACACCACUGCCACCUUCCUCCAUGCAGACCACUCGGCUCCCAGCUCCAAGUGAGGCCCUCCCCAGCUCCAGGCUCCUUCCCCACCUUGCCCUCUGUUGUACAAUAGUUUUGGGUGGAGGAGGGAUGAGCGAGCUACCAGGAAGAGGGGCGCUGCCCCCACAGAUCCAUCCUUUCACUUCACCUGGAGCCCCUCCCCCCCCCCCCCCCCCCCCAACACCGCCAGCGCCGACCUGGAGGCUGGACCAGCUGCCUUGUGUUUUGGCUGCUCUCCUUCUCCUCUUGUACCAACCCAGGCAAUAGUGUUGCUGGUCGAGGAUGAAGGCUGAGAAGCGGAGGACAGAGAUGUUGGAGCCGUCCAUCCUGAGGAAAGUGUGCUGGGGAAGGGGCAAAGAAGGGGACAGAAUCAUUCGCUGCCUCAAAGUCAUGAGGGAAGGGGUAUGCGGGAGGAGAGUGGGAGGGACAGGGACUCUGACUCUGUGCUGGGCUGGCCUGACACAAUGGUAGAUCAGAAGGGAGGAACAAGAGGAGAGUGGUCUGGGUGGCCUGACGUCUGCCCCUGCUUAAGUGGACAGCGGCUGGGCCGGGUGGGCCUCACGGCGGGCAGAGCUUCCUGCCCAGAGGGUUAGCCUGUGCUGUGGUCAAAUUCCUCAGGGGGGGCGUCCGGCCCAGUCCCCCAGGACCUUGCUUCUAAGGGGUCCAGAGCCCAGCCCUUCUCCCCGUGAAGAAUUCUCUGCACCCCCUGCACUUCCCUCUCCUGUUUUGCUCAGGCCACGGUGUGACGGGCAAGGCUGGGUAUUAGGGGAGCCUCUGAGUUCUGAGUCUUUGGGUGGCCUGCUUGGAGUCCGAGGUCCGUGUACUUGAACUAUACGAGAAGUGCCGGUUCACAGGCUUUCUCCCCACUUGAACUGACUGGUUGUUUGAAGGAAGUAAACUAAGGACUUUAAUUUUAAGCAGACCCAGCCUUUUUGCCCUCAGCAGAGCUGGCUGGGCGGGCGAGAGCGGCUGUGGAGGCCAGCCAAGCAGGGAGUGACCGGCCGGAACUCUGCCACAUCAGCACUGCUCCUGCCCCGGUCCUUCCAUUCACGCUUCCGUCCUUCCUGCUCUGGCCCCUCCCCUUUCCCUCCCAACCAAACCUGAGCAGGCUGGAAGCAGAACUUCAAAGGACGGGUCUGCUGCUGCCAGUGGCUCCUCAGAAAACACAACCUUUGGCUUCCUGUCCUGUGGGUCCCUGGAGGCAUUAUCCUGACACUCCUCCCAGGGUCCAGCUGGAUGCCACUGGCCUCUUAGCCCAGGAAACAGACCUUUCACGGGAUCUCCUGCCCCUGCGGCCACCACAUGACUGGCUCUGAUCUGUGGUCCCAGCCUGUACUCAGUGGUGGGCCAGCAGGUAGCUGGUCCCAGAGGGGUGAGUCUGCCAAGCACACACAAGCGUCCUGCCCAAUACAGACCUCCAUGUUCUCUGGAGCCCAGCUGGACUCCCACUUCUCCAGGCACAGCAGAGGUGGAGGGGGUACUGAUGGGUGGGAGGAGACACAGUGCAGGUGAAGGGCGCUUGGCAGGGAUCACAGCCUGGAUUCGAGUCCCACCUCUGCCACUUACUUGCUCAGCCAGCUUCAGCAAGUCUCUUUGCCUUGCUAGGCCCCAGCUUCCUCACCUAUAAAAUAGGGUAGUAACGUCCUCUUGGGUUUGCUGUGAGGAUGAAGUGAUGUUGGUGAAAAAGCCCAGUGCUGUACCUGGCACGGAGUAGAUGCUUCACGAAUGUGGAGUCUGAGAGGCAGUCAGAGCUGACGGGAGUGGGGUCAUCUGACUGUAAUGUCAGUCUCCGUCCCAGACCCUUCCUUGCCCUAUCUCUUCCUCAAGCAAACCAAGUCCCCCGAAACAGGGCCCGGAUAAAUGCUGGGGGAGCUGGGUGCUGGCAGGAUGCAGCUGCAGAGGAACAGUACAGGGAAUGCUCAGGGAGUCUCAUGGGUGGGCCUCUCUCUGGAGCAUCCUCAGCAAAGUGUCAUUACAUUCCUGGGCUGAUCUCUGGCCCUGGCCUGGCCUCCUCUGUGUCAGCUCCUCCCACCACAGGACUCUGGGCUGAUCCAGUCUUGUACUGGCUGUAGAAGAGCACCACUGGGACUAAGCCCGCAGGUAUGCGAGAUGUGCCUCAGCGCACUUCCCCACCCGCCAGAGUGGGCUCAUGGACAUCUCUUCUGUGGGGGAGUCUCAGCACUAUGGAGACUCCCUUCCAGAACAGCAAAUUGAGAACUGUCUGGACCCCCCUCAAACUCAUAGCCCUGAGGAAACAUCCCAGAACCUGAAACAGCAACUGGAAAGAAACCCUCCCUCUGAAGGGCAGGGGCCUCCUUCUGAAAGGUAGGGUGCCAGCCUGAGACACCCCCGCCUGGACUCCUUACCAGCGCCUGGGCUGCUGGCGAGGCCCCGUCGGCUGCUGCUCUGGCUAUCUUUGCUGUUAGUACUUCCCACAAGUAGCUGUUGUCCAAGUCAGUCACCAGACGGUGCAGGAGCGGCUGUUGGAGAGCAGCUUGUCCAGCUCCUCUCCACAAGCCAUCUGACACGUAAGGAACUCGAGGCCCAGAGGUUGCUGCCUGACCUUGCAUAGCACGUAACUCUGAACUUGCUCAUCCUCCUCCGUAAAGUGGGGAUGACAGAGCUGGCCGAGGGCUGCAGCAAGGGAGAGGGAUCAAUGUAUAUGAAGGGUUAACCGGGCAGAUCCCUGGGGCAGUGCCAUUCCCUCCAUCACUGGGUGCAGCCCUUUGGGGACCAUGCCAGUAGGGAGGAAGGGAGGGCCGAGGGGGAAGAAGGAGGGUCCCACUGCAUGGGCAAGGUGUUACCACAUGUCAGUACAGAGUGUGAACCCUCAGGGGCAUUGGGAAGCUUUGGAGAACCCGUCUCCUCUACCCUUGGGUCCUCUGUCCUCUUCCCUCAGUGUGCUCAGGGAAGCUCCUUGGAGAGAAUCGGGUGCCCAGCUCAGCGGUGGGCAAGGACCAGAGGCCCCAGAUCUGAAGUGGGAGGUAGAGAUACCGCACUGAAAUCCAAGCGAGGUGGGCUGGGAGGGGGGCAGUGAGGAAACGAGUUGGGCUUGUCUCCAUCAGACGGCAAGGCUGAACGCGAUCUGAGAGCUCUUUUUGUCUGAAAAGAGGGCAUGAAAGACUCUCUGCUUUUGAGGGUUGGCAUUGCAGCAGGAGGAAGGCAGUCUCCUGGCAGUGAGGAAUCUAACACGGAACAGCUGGCACCACGUUAGUGAAGAUUGAAAAGCAAACGAGACACAGGCAGCCCCCUAGCUGGCAUUUCUGCACAGGACAGCUGUCUGCGGAGGAGGGGCAAGGUUGUUUCCCUCUAAGUACACGGAGGAUUUGGGGGCUUUGAGCCCUGUUCUGCUCUCCUCCCAAUCCCCUGAUUAGCUCCUGUUUGCUCAGGGCCUGCUCUGUGCCACUGCUUCCUUACAACAGUCCUGCAGGGAAGGGGCCCCUGUGACAGAAGGGAAAGCAGGGCUCAGAGAGGCCGAGUGACAGCUAGCGAGUCGCGCUGUGCCUGAAACCCAGACUGAUCGAGUCCAUGCUCUCGCCGUGGCCUGAGGCCAGUGGGAGGAGAGCUCCUUGGGAGGAAAGUGAGGGGCAGUUGGGGUCCUCUCUGAAUUCACUACGCGAGCCAGAGUGGACUCAGAUCCAGUUGUUACCUCUGCUCUAAGCAGAGUUGGGCUGGUGUCACAGCAUCACUCACAGCCUGCCUGGUGCUGGCCAGUCACCCGCCAGACUAGACAGAACAAGCAGCCACCUUUGACUAUUCAUCCCACAGGCCUGAGGGGUCAGUGUGAUACUCACAUGCUUCCUAAGGGACUGUAGGUCCAGGAGUCUUAGGACCCCUCACUCACCACCCUCAGUGCCCCCAUCUCCCUGACACUGGCCUUGGCCUCCCUUAUCUACGCUCCUGGAAUAUUUGCACUGGUCUAGCCCAUUCCAGGCCAGACUCAUUAGGAACUCAAGAUUCUCUUAAAGAAAGUUGUUUCCAAAGA